GUGAUUGGUCUGGAAUCACAUGACCUGCCUCUGCCACUCUGGUGACACCUUUGCUUUGUCCCCGCCCCCGCCGUCCACACCGGGCAGUGACGCAGCCGCAGCAGAGUGUCAGGUGUCGCGCAGGUUUCGCAGAGAUACGGGCUCAGCGGAAGUUCCCACAGUUUGACAGUGAACUGGCAGAGAUGGAAAGCGGUCCGUUCAGUCGAAAGUCAUGGAUGACGCAGUCCCUGCGCGUCACGGCCAAGGAGAUGUCUCUGGUCAGUGGCCGAGGGAAAACCAGCGCCAUAGCUGACCGAUUCUCCAAGUAUCAGAGAGCGGCUGAAGAAGCAAGUUCAGAGAAAAAGAAAGCUUCAUCUGAAAGUGUAACAUCGUCCCAGCGUUCUGGCAACCUGAGCGUUCUGAAGAAGCGCUGGGAGCAAGCAGGAGACCGAAACCAGGAAAAGAGCGCUCCUGUCCCCCUAACGAAACAGUCCAGCAUUCGCCGCCGGCCCCCGGUCCUGAGCAGACCUCCUACCAUCAGCGAGGACAACCCUCCGAUGAAGAGCCAUGCCCCGCCGGCCGAUCAAAGAGCCCCUCUGUCAGCCAGCAAAGCCCGGCAGCCGUCCACCGCUGAGGAUCCAGAGCAGGGAGGGAUGGAUGGAGAGGAGCUGAUGGACAGGAACGCUCCAGAGAAGUCUGAGGAGCAAGUUCUAACCAGCCCGAUCGCAUCUUAUGAAAAAGCCAGCGUGCCGCUGAACAACCUGAAGAUGAAGUUUGAGAAGGGAGAAGACUCCAAGCAGAGUGGAAGGACAACAGUACUCAGCACUUCAUCAGAGGAUGAACCCCAGCACAGCAAACCUCCUGUGACAAACCGAGUGCUGAGGUCUACAUCUCUGCGAGAAAAGAUGAACAAAUACCAGACGGCUGUCUGCAAACAAUCGGCCAAAGACGUUUUUGCUCCAAAGACAAACACUUCUGCAGACGAACACACUCCUGCCACAGAGUGCAAUGGGCAGAGCACUGAGCAACCCAAGGCUCCCAGAAAGUUCUGUCCGCCGGUGAGGGAGGUUUGUGUCGUUUGCCAGAAAACGGUGUUCCAGCUGGAGCGGCUGAUGUCCCAUCAGCAUGUUUAUCACAAGAACUGCUUCCGCUGUAUUCACUGCAACACAAAGCUGAGUCUGGGGAACUAUGCAUCUUUGCAUGGUAACAUCUACUGCAAGCCGCAUUUCAGCCAACUGUUUAAAGCCAAAGGAAACUACGACGAAGGCUUCGGCCAUCGUCCUCAUAAAGAGCGUUGGGAGCCGCGGGUUGAUGUGGAGGAAAGCGAGGAACCAGUGAAGCCCAAAGAACCGGAGAAACCAGAGACUGUGAAGCAUCCUGCUGAGAACCCCUCUGAGGUGUCCUCACCUGGAGACGCCUCUCCUCAGGUGAAGGUCCUAGACCUCACUGCCUCACUAGAGAACCAUGUCAAGGCAGAAGAAAAACAUCAGCCAACAGAAAAACCAGCCGACGCCCGCAAGCUCAGGGUCGCAUGGCCUCCCCGCGUUGACGAGGGCGAAUCCGAAAAGCCGCUGAGUCCCGUCGCUGAAGAUGUUCCCACAAUCCGACCGCGGCGGGCCAAGUGGCCUCCGGAUGAUGCAGCGCAUCCAUCUUUGCAGAGCACAGAGCGGGCGGAGUUGAAGAGCCUCAGGAGGAGCACCUCCCUGAAGGAGCGGAGUCGCCCUUUUACAAUAUCUGUUGCCACCAAACCCCCCGUCAACGCCGGUCCCAGAGAGCGCCGCCGCCCGCUCAGGUCUCUGCUGGAAUGGAGAGCAUCAUUUGAGGAGAAAACCUCGUCUGAGGGAAGAGCCAACGAAAACGACACGGAGGUGAAGGAAGAGCAGAAGACGUCAAGUGUGACCGUCUCCCACAGGGACACGGAGAGGUUAGCUAAACGGCAGGAACCCCCGUCUGAUGACGGCGCCUCCUCUCAGCCAAAACAGAACCACACCUCUAAGAAAGUGGGUUCUACAGAAGAGGAGAAGGAUGUGGAGGAGCUGAGCGCCGAGGAUAUCAUCAAGAAGAACCGCUACUAUGACGAUGAUGACGAGGAGGAUCCUGAUGCAUAGAAGCUGGUGGAAAUGUCUCAUUCAUUCCCCAUAAACCAAAGUUUGAUUUUUUUUAUCAUGAAUGAGCCGUCAAUUUAACCUUAUAAUUUAAAAGAAAAGUAUGAAUGUGCUCUUAAUGAUAGCCUUAGAGACUGAGAUGUCUCACUCUGCAUUUUUUUUUUAAAUUAGUCAUGUAAAGAAAAAAAUCAAACAUUUUAUGACGUUUAAAUUUGCAGAAGUGUUUAUCUUUGUUUAGAUUAAUUAUUGCAAUUAUUUUGUUGGCUCCUAACCAACUUUGUACCAGGUUUCUUCUGUUUCAUUUUGAGGAUUUCUUCUCUUCCGGGACCAAAUUUUUUUUCUUUUCCAUCAAUUCAACGUUGCUUUUAAAACGGUACUGUAUUGCAUUACUGAAGCACAAACUACCUUUUCUGGUGGUGGGAUGGUUGUCUUUAUUUUUGUAAGUUUUGUACUUCACCAUCGUGAUUUCUGAUGUUUUUUACUCUCAAAUCCUUUGUUGCCUUUAAAAAACCAAAUCUACUGAAGCUGCAGGGGCUCAAACUUCAUGACUUUUUAACUUUUUUUUUACAAUCAUAAACUGUAAUUGAUCCAAAUUCUGGAUUACAUAGACAUAUAUGAAGCAUCACUGUUUAUUCAGAUUUUUGCAUACAUUUUGUUAACUACUACGCAGCAAAGCGUCACUUUUUUUCCACAAAUAAUUCUCUUUUCAUCACUUAUUUACUGUUUAUCUUAAUUCAAGUUUUGAUGAGCUCCGGGGACGAUUUUUUAAAUAUUUUAUAGUAUCAGUUGAGUCAUCUCAAGGCACUUUACCAACAUAGAAGAGGUAAAUUGACCAAAUAAAUCUUUGUUCCUUUUGUUUGAACUGUGGAUGUCAGCAGAGAAACCUCAUUAAAUGUCAGGUUUAUGCUCCAGAAAAAUCUUUUUCCUUCAUUUUUUCUUCUCAUCAGACAAUAGUAAGGAUAAAAUGGAAUAUUAGUAUGUUUCAGGUAAAUUAGAUCUUUUAUUUUUUACAUUUUUCAAAAAAAGAUGUCUUUUUCUGGACUGUUUUCAAAAGCCUCUAGCCUUUAUUCAAACAGUGAAUGUUCUCAGCUGUUCAUGAGGCGAACAUUUGUAAUCUUCUCUGGACAUUCAUGUGUGUCAAAAACAUUGCUGUGUGAUUUUAAUAAAGAUGAAACGAUG